AUGACAGCAGCAGCAGCAUCCGCGCCAGCAUCGUGGGAAGGCGACCACAUGCUCCACAUCUACGUAUGCGACUACCUGCGCAAACGAGGAUAUUCUCAGGCUGCUCUGGCGCUAAGGCUUGAAGCCGGGCUAGAGCCGGACCGCAAAGCGCCCAUCGAUGCGCCUCAGAGCCUGCUGUUCGAGUGGUGGGUGGUUUUUUGGGAGAUAUUUGCAUCCAGAUCGCUCGAUCCCAGUGCAGCUGCGGACGGCGGCGGCCUCUCAGUGGAUGCUCAGACGUAUGCACUCUACCGACCUCCUGGGCUGCCCGAAGCGAGAUCUGUCAGCUCACAGCCUAUGCCUUGGUAUCCAAUCGGCGCGCAUCAGAUCGGACCACCAAGCAACACAAUGGCGCAGCAACCGACUCUCUCACGUCGAAUGUCGCAAGCCGCACCGGCACUGAACGACCGUUCCGAGGCCUCGUCGUCCGCUCGAGCCGAGCCUCAGCAGAGUUUCCAGCAGCGAAGGCUGUCAGCAUCCACACUUCCGCAACUCGACCUCGAAGCCAGCCACAAGCUCGGACUCACGCGCCCCGCAAGCCGCGUCGUGAUCCAGCAGUGCAUGGACAUGAUGAAUCUGGGGGUCAAAGAGAUCGAACAUUUGACUAUCGAGGAGAAGCGCGCACUUGCUAAGCGUGUCACGCGCCUACAGGCGGCUCAAAAUGAUGCCCAGCUCAGACUGGCGCGUCUGCACGGCUUGCAGCCUCCCAAGCCACUGUUGCCGCUGGUGUCAGGCACGAUGGCCGUGCAGGCGCGCAUACAGCAAGAGGCGGCGUCGACGCCGGCAGAUGUGUACAACAAUCAGGUAGGGCAGAAACGGAAGGACUCUCCUAACUCGGAUGCGGAUCAGAGCCGGAUAUCGGUGGUGGCAGGGCCAUCAGGACCAGUGCAGGACUAUCGCCAGAUACAAGCGCAACUCGGUCCAGCACAGCCGUCGAUGCGACGCCCAUCGUAUUCAGCACUUGCUGCUAUACCAAGCGCAACACCAUCGCCGCUCACACCUUCCAAUGCGGUGGGACUGCCGUUUUCGCAGGUCUCCCCGCAUCCUAUGCUGCAGUAUAGUCCCGCAUCGAGCGCUCCUACGCCUUCGGCGUAUGCGAUGAUUCCACCUCUACGUCGGCCAUCCGUGUUUGGACCCGAGUCUGCGGCGUUAACGACGAGCAGCAGCCCGCACAAGACGGGCGUGUACGCUACCUCUGGGCUCAUGGGCUCAUCGGUCAGUCCGGGAGGCGAGUGGCAUGGCUUGGACGUGACAGGAGGGCAGCAGCAGCAACAGCAGCUGCUAUUGCAAGCAAUGCCGCCAUUGCUACAGCCACAGCGGCCGGUCGUCAUGCCUAGCGGUCUCGAUCCGCCGUCAGCUCAGUUUCAUUUUAGUUCUCGCCAUCCCGCUCCUUCAUCCUCAGGUCUACCUCCAAGCGCUGCAAAUUCCAGACCUCCGCAACAAGCAGGAGGACAGAAGGAGGUUGCUCCGGCAGCGGCGCUGUUUCAGCUGGACUUGCCGCCGCCGCAUCUCGCCAAGCCGUCGGUGCUUGCUAGUGCUGCUACUGCGGGCAGCGGCGAUGUUGCAGCGGGGUGGAACGAAUUCAUGAUGCAACAGCAUGGGGAGGGGAGCGCGCCGCCGACGCCCUUUUCCGAUCUGGAGUACGACUUUAACGUGCUGCUGUCCAAUUCGACACUCCUGAGUCGCGCGGGGGAGUCUACGUCGGCAAGGCAGACGGGGGGCGUGGGUGGGACAUAG